AUGGAGAUGCACUCACACCUCACGGGCACUGAGCUGCGGUGCAACCCUGGGCAGUUUGCCUGUCGCAGCGGCACCAUCCAGUGCAUCCCUCUGCCCUGGCAGUGUGACGGCUGGGCGACUUGUGAGGAUGAGAGUGACGAAGCCGACUGUCCAGAAGUGACCGGAGAGGUGCAUCCUUACCAUGGGAAGGAGGCCGUGGAUCCGCGGCAGGGGCGGGCAAGAGGAGGUGACCCCACGCACUUCCACGCGGUGAACGUGGCGCAGCCGGUCCGCUUCAGCAGGAAGUGCCCGACAGGGUGGCACCACUACGAAGGCACGGCCAGCUGCUACAGGGUCUACCUGAGCGGGGAGAACUACUGGGACGCCGCGCAGACCUGCCAGCGCCUGAACGGCUCCCUCGCCACUUUCUCCACCGACCAGGAGCUGCGCUUUGUCCUGGCCCAGGAAUGGGACCAGCCCGAGCGGAGCUUCGGUUGGAAGGACCAGCGCAAGUUGUGGGUUGGCUAUCAGUAUGUCAUCACCGGCCGGAACCGCUCCUUGGAAGGUCGCUGGGAGGUAGCAUUCAAAGGCUCCUCGGAGGUGUUCCUGCCCCCAGACCCCAUCUUCGCCUCGGCCAUGUCUGAGAACGACAACGUGUUCUGCGCCCAGCUCCAGUGCUUCCACUUCCCCACCCUGCGGCACCACGACCUCCACAGCUGGCACGCCGAGAGCUGCUACGAGAAGUCUUCGUUUCUGUGUAAAAGAAGUCAAACAUGUGUCGACAUCAAAGACAAUGUGGUGGAUGAAGGAUUCUACUUCACCCCCAAGGGGGACGACCCGUGCCUGAGCUGCACCUGCCAUGGAGGAGAGCCUGAGAUGUGUGUGGCCGCCCUCUGUGAGCGGCCCCAGGGCUGCCAGCAGUACCGCAAGGACCCCAAAGAGUGCUGCAAGUUCAUGUGUCUGGACCCAGAUGGCAACAGCCUGUUCGACUCCAUGGCCAGCGGCAUGCGUCUGGUGGUCAGCUGCAUCUCCUCCUUCCUCAUCUUGUCGCUGCUGCUCUUCAUGGUCCACCGGCUGCGCCAGAGGCGCCGGGAGCGCAUCGAGUCCCUGAUUGGAGCCAACUUGCACCACUUCAACCUCGGCCGCAGGAUCCCCGGCUUUGAUUACGGCCCAGACGGGUUCGGCACAGGCCUCACCCCGCUGCAUCUUUCUGACGACGGAGAAGGCGGGACCUUCCACUUCCACGACCCUCCGCCUCCCUACACAGCUUACAAGUACCCAGACAUCGACCAGCCCGACGACCCCCCGCCGCCCUACGAGGCCUCCAUCGACCCGGAUGGCAUGUUCUAUGACCCCGCAGACGACGAUGCUUUCGAGCCCCCGGAGACCAGCCUGCCAACCCCAGGGGAUGGUGGCAGUGAAGCUUCGUUGUCCCGGUGCCUGGAACAGCCUCUGCGCACUUCGGGGGCCUCUCUGGCAGACCUGGAAGACUCCGCCGACAGCAGCAGUGCCCUGCUCGUGCCCCCCGACCCUGCCCAGAGUGGGAGUGCCCCGGCUGCAGAGGCACUGCCAGGGGCCGGCCGCCACAGCCGCAGCUCCCUCAACACCAUGGUGUAGACGGCCCGGCCCGUGUCCAGCGGGCUGUGAGCACCCGUCUGCUGUCAAAACACCAGUCCCUGUGGGAAACUUGAAGGACCCAGCCUCAGCCUGGACCCCCGCACUGCAGCAC